CCGAUUGUCUAAUGCGUAACUCCCUCGCGCAAAAACUACCACAGUUUCCCAAACCCUAACUGAAACGGGCACAACAGACCCCUCACUUCACGUUCUCAGCAAGAACACACCUUUGAGCUAUCUGCUAGCUAAAACCCACCAAGAAACCCUAAUUUCUCCUACAAAUUUACCGUUUUAUCCUUAUUUAUUACCAGUUACUAUACUACAAUGCUUUAAACGUACUCUUAGCCUUUACUUUCCUCUCAAUUUCCAACAUUGUGACCUUUAGCAUGUCCGGCGAUCGCCGGGAUGUGCCUCCGGCGACCGGAGACGGAAACGGUGUGGUGCAAGCUGGAGACUCCGAGAAGCAGGCUACUCCUAUCGUUGUGGCGUCGGUGACUCCUAGCCAGAGGCUUAGGCUGAACCCUAAUAAGGAUCAUAAGCCAGAGAGCUACGAGGAUCUGCAAUUGGAUUUUAGCCCAUCGGUGUUUAGCUCGUUGGAACGGUACUUGCCGCCGAGUAUGCUGGGUGUCAGUAGAGACGAUAAGGUGAAGUUCAUGAGGGAAAUUCUGUUGAAGUACUUGCCUCAUGGAGAGAGAACAAGGGCUCAAAGACAUAGAGAAUACAGGCAGAAGAUAAUAUCAAAUUAUCAGGUACGAGACAUGAUAUAAUUUGGCUUUAAUAAUGCUUACAAAUAUAUGGUCCCUUCCUUUAUAAAGGCAAUCAGUGAUAACACCGAGGAGAGUUUUAGAAGUAUAAUGUCUGAACCCUCUCCUGGUGUGUUUACAUUUGAAAUGCUUCAGCCACAAUUUUGUAACUUAGUAUUGUCAGAGGUUGAAAAUUUUGAAAAAUGGGUCAAUGAUGCAAAAUUCCGUAUCAUGCGUCCAAAUACAAUGAACAAAUAUGGUGCUGUCCUUGAUGACUUUGGUCUCGAAACCAUGCUUGAAAAGCUUAUGGAUGGUUUUGUUCGCCCUAUAUCCAAAGUUUUUUUUCCUGAAGUUGGUGGAUCAACUCUGGAUUCUCACCAUGGUUUUGUUGUUGAAUAUGGUAAAGAUAGGGAUGUUGACUUGGGCUUUCAUGUGGAUGACUCAGAAGUAACUUUGAACGUUUGCUUGGGUAAGCAAUUUUCUGGUGGAGAAUUGUUUUUCCGGGGCACACGAUGUGAUAAACAUGUAAAUACUGGAAGUCAGUCAGAGGAGAUCUUUGACUACUCUCAUGUCCCUGGUCGAGCCGUGCUUCAUCGUGGCCGUCACAGGCAUGGUGCUAGGGCCACAACAUCUGGUCAUAGGAUCAAUCUACUCCUUUGGUGUAGAAGUUCAGUAUUUAGAGAGAUGAAGAAAUAUCAGAAAGAUUUCUCUAGUUGGUGUGGGGAGUGCUUACGCGAGAAAAAAGGAAGACAAAGGGCGUCUAUUGUUGCUACAAAAUCGGAAUUGCUUAGGAGAGACGGCGAAUAACAUGACUUGCUACAGCUUGUAACGUGCCCAGAUGAUUGUAAAAUUAUGUAGCUCCAGAUUUCACUCUGAUGGUGCGACAGCUGUUAAUCUCAAUCUUUUGAAGUUCACUUUUACGCUCCGUCAAUGCUUGUAUAAAUUGUCUGCUAAAUGGGAUAGUUCUGUUUGUAGCAACAUGUCUGGAAUUUCUGUAAAAAGGUUAGUAAUACUCUAGUUAGCACUGUAACUGGGGAAAAUUUGGCUACUGCAAACCACAUUUCCAUUGUCAAUAAAUUCUGUAACUUGUAAUUCAUCAUGAUCUUCAAUGAAGCCUUUUGUUUUUCGAGC